AUGACGCCAGAUACAGAGUUCUUGCCUUCACCAGUUGUUUCCGAGGUUUUUUCCUCUUCACUGUUCAAGCAAGCUCCAAGCAAUGCGGCAGCAGACCGACCUUUGGUCUUCGUAUUGCUCAAGAUAUUACCCUUUGCUCUUUGUCUUGAUGAAUUCAUCGAGUUUCCUCCUAUCGAAGAAUCCCCGUCGAACGAGGUUCCAUCUUUCGAUCGAUCGAUCGAUCGAUUUGUUCCACGAGCCCCAUCUGGACCCGCUGCGCUUGGAACGCCAUGUGCUGCUGGAGGUUCUGAAACUCAAUUGCUUGCUUGA